AUUGCAUGUAACAUUCAAACGAUAGUCGUUUGACACGUUAUCGACCUUUUGGCCAUCACUGCGUGUAUUGCAGUUAUCAGGAGAUCCCCUCACAACCCGGGGAACGACAUACAAACAGCAGCAAGCAUCUGCAAACAAAACUGACCACGUCACACAGUAUUUGCAUUCCGGAUUUCAUAAAAGCAGAGCAACAUGAGCAAAGUAACGUUUAAGAUUACGCUCACUUCGGACCCCAAGCUGCCGUUUAAGGUGCUGAGCGUGCCGGAGGCGACGCCAUUCACCGCAGUGCUUAAGUUCGCGUCCGAGGAGUUCAAGGUGCCCGCCGAGACGAGCGCCAUCAUAACAGACGACGGUAUUGGGAUCAGUCCACAGCAGACGGCGGGCAAUGUGUUCCUAAAGCAUGGCUCUGAGCUGCGCCUCAUUCCGAGGGAUCGCGUCGGCCACUAACUUUCGUCUAGACUAAUUUACACCCAUUUAUUCAAAUAAACCGAGAUUUUCCCGCAUUUAAA